CAAGCAAGUGCCGUUUUAGAGAUAGGUGCUUUGAAUUGUGUUGAAAAAAAAUAACCUGCACAAAGUGUUUGUGUGGAAGGUAUAUAUAUAUAUAUCUGUUAUCCCCUGCUGUUACUCAAUCAUUACUUUUCUAGUGUGGGAAAUAACCAAGAAGCUUUAGGAUCCAUAGUCACAAGCUAUUAGUAAUUUUUUUUGUUUUUUCUUUGUGAUUGAGCAAGUGGGUAUGUUGGGGAGAUAAGCUAUCCUACGAUUUGAAUUCAUACUCUAUUCUCUUGCUUGUCUGAUUUUGAGGUUAGGUGGGUGAAGAUUCAGAGCUAGUAAGUUAUGGAGCAUGCUUGCAGUAAUUGGGUGAGAGGAAGUGUUAUUGGGGUAGGAGCUUUUGGUAUUGUCAGCCUAGCCAUGGAUAAAGCCAGUGGAGAGCUGCUUGCUGUCAAAUCUAUUGAAUGCAAGGAAGAGAGAAAGGAAGAUCUUUUGGCUAUGGAGAAUGAGAUAAGCAUUCUGAAGAAACUGGACUCACCAUGGAUUGUGAAGUAUUUGGGUGAGAAUUACAGUGAUGAUGGUGGUGUGUAUAGGAGGAAUUUGUUGAUGGAAUACAUGGCAGGAGGAAGUAUAGCAGAUAAUUUGCAGAGAUUUGGAGGGCCAUUGGAGGAGUCUGUUAUUCGCAUCUAUGCUAGAGACAUUCUUAAAGGCAUUGAGUAUCUCCAUAGCCAGGGGAUUGUGCAUUCUGAUAUCAAGGGAAAGAAUGUGCUGGUGGGGGACUCUGGUGUUAAGUUAGCAGACUUUGGGUCUGCUAAAGUGAUGUCAAAUGAGAGAGAAAACAGCAAAGUUGAAUUGAGUGGGACUCUUCUAUGGAUGGCUCCAGAGGUGGUGAAUCAAGUGGAGAGGGGUCCCCCUUGUGAUAUAUGGUCUUUGGGAUGCACUGUGGUGGAGAUGGCCACUGGCAGGCCUCCAUGGACUAAUAUCUCUCAACCUUUGGUUGCCAUGUACAAAAUUGGGUGCUCUGAUGAGCUUCCUGAGUUUCCAAAGACUCUGUCUGCUCAAGGCCAUGAUUUUCUCCAGAAAUGCUUUCAUAGAGAUCCCAAGCAAAGAUGGACUAGUACCCAAUUGUUGACCCACCCUUUUGUCAGUGAAAGAUUUAAGCAAGAGCCAAAAUCUCCCAAAAGUACUUUGGAUUUUCACUGUGAACAAUACCAGUUGGAUAGGUCAAUCUCUUGUGGAACUUUUUCUGCCUCAAUUCCGCCGUUGUCUUUACCUGGAGAUAUUCAUCUGCCUGGUCAUAUGCAGGAUGAGGAAAUAAGCCAAAAUCAUGGUCAAGCAAAGAGGAUGUUUGAGGCAAGCCCUUCUCCUCGUCAGAGAAUAGCAAGAUUGGCUGAGGAAAGUGGUGGUAGAGGAAGUAAAAGCAGUGGUAAUAGGCCUAACCGGUGUAUGGCCCCUGCUUCUAACUGGAUUGUUGUAAGGUGCCUUAAGAACUAUACACCUCCCAUGGCAGACAGUCUUUUUUCAGAUUUCAUUAAUGGGUCCCUUGUCCAGAAGGCCUCCUCAAUUCAGACUUCAGUAUCAGUCCACUGUAAUGCCAAAUCUCAGUGCAGUGAAUUGAAAGACAUUCAUUGCCAAGACUUGGGUGCCAGCCAUGAUGAUCAGAUUGGAAAGGGCCUUGACAGUAGCAUGUGUAUCCAUUUGAUGAAUCAGCCUUCUUCAUCAAGCAGUGCUGGCAGCCAUGGCUUCUGCAACUCUUUGGCAGAGACCGUUUUCUCCGAAGACUUGGUGGGUCCUAAGACCAACUUUAGUAGUGUUGUUAUCCAUGACAGAAAAUACAGUCUAUCAAGAUUCAAAGACAGGGUACUUAGAUUCUGUAGCAGGAUUAUUCCCAACUCAGAGGCAGUUCUACAGUUCAUGUUGCAGACAUGGCUUUCCCAAAAUGGUACAAGAAUUGAGGAUUGGUGCAAGUGUUGUACCUGUGAGUGUAACAUAUGUGCAAUGAAAUGGUACCAUGUCAGAACUUUUGUUUUGAAGAUUUGUCAUACAAAUAUAAAAUCGUUUUUCAGACUAAUUUUAUUUUUUAAUAAAUAG